AUGGACCUCAAUAAUGAAACUUUCUUGGUAACGUUCUCCAAUGACCAGGACUAUUUAAAGGCCCUAACUGGAGGGCCAUGGGACAUCCUAGACCACUACCUCGUUGUUCAUCCCUGGUCACCGAAAUUCAGAACGUCCGACAAGAUUUACAAGUCAGUCACCGCCUGGGUCCAACUACCGGAGCUUCCUGUACAUUUCUACCACCGGGAAGUCCUGUUCGCGCUCGGCAACCUUAUAGGAAGAACUGUCAAAUUGGACUACCACACAGAGAGGCUAGAAAGGGGGAAGUUUGCAAGGCUUGCCAUAGAACUGGACAUGACACAACCCCUCCCGACCCGCAUUCGCCUGGACGGAUUCUGGCAACAAGUGGUAUACGAGAACCUCCCCCAAAUCUGCUUUGAUUGUGGAAGAAUCGGUCACUUGGAGGACACUUGCCCUAAGAAACAGAGCACCGUGGGAACUAUGAUAGCAUCUGGGUCUACGGUGCAACCAACAAGCGGUGUCGUCCAGAUCGAAUCGCCGGUGGAGCCGCCGGCCGGCUACGGGCCUUGGAUGCAGGUGGUGCGCAAAUCUCGCAAACCAAAUAGGAAGGUCAGCGAUAAUCAAGGGAACCAUCCAGCUAAACUUACCAAUCAGGGAAAACAAACGGCUAAAAGCACAGGAUACUCGAAGGGAGAUACUCACGGCACGACGACCGGCAAUGAUGGGAAAGGCAAGGCGAAUAACAACGCAGAGCACAAGAAAGGAAAAUCCGAUUUCGAGAAAGGGAAAGGCUCAACUGAUGGAGGAAAACCUACUCAGGGAAUCAAAAAGUCCAACAACGGUUCUCAAGAGUGGGUUCCGGUGGGGGCUGUCAAGGAUGUCUCCAACAUCCAAAGCCCGGUUACUGACUCUGGGCCGCGGAGUCGAAGCCCACAAGUUGCUGUCCCUAAUAACCCAACAACGAGAACUAUCUCUCCCAGCCCAUCUGCGGCUGAGCUCAACCCAGUAGUAAUUAUGAAGGAGAAUGCCAACCCGAACACAUCCUCCCACUCAGUCAGGCAACACUUCGAGAAGAAAAAUACCAGCGGUUCGCCUAGCCCUGGGAAUAAGAAUGAUCGACAUCUGAAAGUGGCAAAGAAGCCAAUUCAGAACCCCACAGCGAUGAAGCGCGAAGUAAACCAAUUGGUAAAGGAACCCACCUUCCCUAUCACCCAACGGGAUAUAGAGUCCUUCAUCAUCCAAUCUAGGCUCAAAGCAGAGGAAUUCGGAAAAGCUUUGAAUACGGCUGUUAGCGAUGUGAGAAUGGAGGAUAGUGCGGCCAUUCCCGGAACCAAGAGGACUACCUCGGACCAGAGCACCCUGCCAACGCCGAUCAGUGCGGACUAA